AUGCUCUUCUCAUCACUAACUCGCAUUGCUGCGCUUGCACCAUCGAUUCUUGGCUGCCCACAACACACAAAUAACAGACGGUCACAUCUCGUCGGGCGUCAGACCAAUCCCGCCCAAAGCCCAAAUGCGAACAUCACACAGAACAUCUGGGCUUACGAGGCAUCCUUCAACUGGGGCAAACUGAGCCCUGACUACCGUCUCUGCCAGACUGGAACUCAACAGUCGCCCAUUGCUCUCUCCCUCAGCAACGGUCUUUCGCUCAAUCACGUUCCGAGUUUCAACUACACCGGCAAGAUCGCUGGUAACUUCUUCAACUGGGGCUACGGACCCGCUUUUACACUGGCCCACAACGGAGACUGGACAUCGCACCCCAGCUUCACCUACGACAACGAGACGCUCUAUCUGAAAGGUUGGCACAUCCACGCUCCAGCGGACCACUCGGUUGGAGGUGAUCGCAGUAAGACUGAAAUGCACUUUGUCCAUGUCGACGCCGAAGGCCAAGAGGGCGCCGUUCUUGCCUUUCGUCUGGACCCUGGCAACUUCAACAGCAUCUUCUUCGAGCAGCUUCCUGUCAUGAUUGGCUUCGAUGAAAUGCAGAUACAGGAGUCCAUUGAGAUAGGUCUCGCGCUCGCUAUGGAUUCCGUACUAUACUUUAACGAAUUUUUCACAUAUCAGGGCAGCUUGACUAGCCCGCCAUGCUCUGAAGGCAUCAGAUGGUUCAUCGCCAGGCAGAUCAUGUUCACAGGAGUCGAGCAGAUGCAAGCCAUCUUGGGCGCGAGUACUUACUCUGCGAGAGCUGAGCAAGAGGUCUGGCAACAUCGUGUCAACGAGUAA